CUCGGAGCUGCACCGCUUUGUUGAGUAAGAGAACGCGAUGUUCACUGCGGCUUCGAUACUUUACCCAUAUAAUCUGUCGCUUAUGAUUCAUCUACGACACCCGUGCAAGAAUGUUCGCUCUCUUCAAGAGAAUCCUGUGGACGCUACGACGUUACUUGAGAUUUUUUCGUCAUCGUUCGUUGUCCUCUUACCACAUCCCUCACACGGAUGAGAGAUACAUCACACUCGCUGAGCUAUACACCCAUUUUGGGAGGGGUCCGCUACCAGCAGAGCUGGUGAAGCACAUUGCGAGGGACGUGCUCGAGGCCUUGGCUGCGUGCGAGGACCAAGGCAUUGUAUACGGCGACCUAGACUGGGAAAAAAUCCUUCUAUCAACACAGGACUUGGACUGGCUAGCGUCCUGGUAUUGUGGUGACAGGGAAGACUCUGAUUUAGCGUCGUCUGCUACUGGGAGGACUACCCAACUCCCCUUUGAUGCAGCGAUGCCGACAGUAUUUCGACUAGUCGAGUAUGAAACAGGAGGUGGUGUAUCACCUAUACCUUCUACACCCCUCGGUAUGCGUCCACCAGAGGUCAUUUUGGGCAUUCCCCUAGAAGCCACUGCGGAUGUAUGGAGCCUAGGAUGCAUUAUAUAUGAACUUCUAAUGGGUGAGCCGCUCUUUGAUCCUUCGUUUCAAACUGUAGAGUGCGGUCUGUCCACGGAUGAGUCGCACCUUAUCCAAAUGAUUGAGAUGUUGUCUCUCGAUGGGUUCCUUGGGUUUCCGGAGGAUCUUGUAAGAAGGGGAAGAGACUCGGAACGGUGGUUCAGUGCAGAUGGUACUCUCCGUCUGGAGACGACAUAUUAUCCUGUCACGCUGAGGGAUAUUUUGUAUCGACGCCUUUCCGGGGUGGAUGUGGAUGAGAUAUACGAGUUUUUGGAUGGGAUGAUCUGGUUGAUACCUGAGGAAAGGACGGGCGUACGGGAUCUACUGCAGUCGAGGUGGAUUACUGCUUGAGUUUUUACGUCGGUGGCGUAGAGAAGGGACUAUUGGAGUGUGGACAACGUUUGCCUUUACCUGCGGAUUUUUAUAUAAUUGAUAGAUGCAUAAGUCAGAAAUUUCGGAGAAGGGUACAUCGGAGAAUGUGAAACUAGAU